AUGGCUUCCCCAAGCAAGAUCCACCUUACUGUUAACGACACCGGCGUUGUCAAGAACAAAUCCCAAACAAACGAAGCAGCUGCCAAAGUAUCGGAGCUUCUUCAGGAGAACCACGAUAAACACCACAUCUUCUUCAGCGAGAGUGGCUUCCAUAAUCAUAUUGCCCAUCAGCUCCUCACUCUCUACGGACUGGGUGCCCCGGCAUCUAUUAUCGAGCAGCGCUAUGCCGAGAACGCUUCUUACCAGCGCCCUGCAAAGAGUAAUGACGAAGUAGCAGUCGAAGACCUCCGCUCCCCAGAAACCUUUACCAAGUGUCUUGGAAAGGCGAAGUACUAUCACUCAUUCCUCGUUUUUUUCCAAACGGAGCUUGAAGCAAAGGGCUGGGAGAAUGUUUUGAAUGAGUAUCUACUUGCCGGUAACGAGAAAUCAGAAGACCUCUUGGGAAGAUUGUAUGGUGGUUUCCUCCACCCUCUGAUUCAUCUUGGCUUUGGCAUCGAAUUUCACCAGCCAGCAAUCAUAGGCGAAGCCCUGGCACAAGCAGCCUGUCACGACAACUGGACUGGUAAAUACCUUCUCGCUGCCGAGAAAGCGGCGAAAGCCAACCCUACCAACUCUCCUAAAACCUAUGUCCAGCUCCUCGAUGAAAUCAGGGAAGAUAAAAAACUGUCGACGGCAGCUGAGUGGGACGACGGCAACAAAAUCCGCGACGGCAUCCUAGUCCGUGCUCCAGAAGAGAUGAUGAACUAUGCAACGCAAUGGGUCGUCACUCCCGAGAACCUGGAGCAGAGGACAGCCGAAAUGAUCAACUCAACAAUCUACUUCACAGCCGCGGCGCAACAUCCUCCAAAGCAAGUAAAAUUCGACUUCUACUUUAUGCACUGCGUCAACGCCUCUAUUUUCUUUCCAACCUUCAACAAACAGCCCUGGCUUUCAACUGCCAACAAAGUCCGCUUGUUACAAUGGAAGGGGUAUCUAGAUCUCGCUAUGUACGCGUCGCGUCGCUCUCCUCCUUUGCUGUUGGAAGAAAUUAGCACUUAUGUCCCGACGAAGCUGGAGAAGGGCGACGGCGAGUGGCCUGGAAUAUUUCAAAGGCUGUGGGAGUUGAAGGACGAUGGUCACGCGAUCAAGUUGGGGCGCGCUGUGAGGAACGGGGAGUUGACCGCGGAGAAGUACGGAGACGUUGAGUGGGCGAAGAUUCGGGGGUUUAUGUGGGAGAAGAUUGGAAAUAUGGUCAUUGAUAGCGUGGAGGAUCAGGGGGAAACUUGGGCUCGAAGUGUCGGGUUUAACGAGGCCUGGGUCGACUAUGAGGAUCGUCCGCGACGAGCACAAAUCUGA